UUUCUUUGUAUAUCUGCAGUACUAAAUUAUAUUGGAAUACGAAUGUUUAAAAGAGAAAGCCGAAUGAAACUUCCUCAAACUAAUAUAACAAUUGCUACUUCCAAAGUUCAACAGACAGUCAAGAAAAGCGUUCAACUGGAAAACGAAGGAGCUAGAUACAUAACAGAGAAAACAUCAAUGAAACAUCAUAGAACGCAAUAUAUUAACAAAGCAAUUGAUAACAGCGACGGUGAUAGGAGACCAAACGAAACCUAUUAUAACAGGAAGGACAUAGGAAGUGACUAUAUCAAAACUAUAUAUAGAACGCACACGUUGUUAAAUGACAAUGGACAAAAUCUUACUGCAAAACAACGUGCCAAGCUUGUUAGGGAAAGAUGUGAAAUAUUUUUAAAGGAAAACAAUGUAAGACUUUAUCCCGAUACAAAAUGUAAAUUUGAUAACCAAUUUAUGAUAAGUCGUCGUUACGACUUAGUAAUAUGCUAUAACUGUAAAGUGGCGUCUACAAACAUAAAACGCGUACUUUACGCUCUCGACCACAAUUUUACUGAUAUUAUCAACAGUGUUCCAGGACAAAUGGCAGCUUUAUAUGGUAAGCAGAGCAAGAGGAGGUUCCAGCAAAUUAUGUCUGAAAAGUGCCGUACUAAUAUAUUAUUUAUACGAGAACCACUAGAAAGGUUGCUCUCUGCAUAUAGGGAUAAACGGGCCUAUAGGAGUGCAUUUAAAAACCCGUCAUUUUCAUUUAGAGAGUAUUUACAAUUGAUUAUAAACGAAAAUAUGACUGAAAUGGACAGACAUAUUUAUCCAUAUUUUGAAAGGUGCCGGCCAUGUGAAAUGCAAUAUGACCUAAUUGGUCUCCUAAGCAAUUUUAACGAAGAUUUUGAAAUAGUGUUUCAAGAGAUCGGCGCCAGUGGAAAAGUUGAUAUGCCGAAAAAGAUGGCAAAGGGUUAUAAAUCUGAUUCAAGUGAUAAGUUGUUAAAACAGUAUUAUCAAAAAGUUCCAAAUAGUUUGAUUAACAAAUUAUGGUUAAAAUAUUACAAGGAUUAUUAUAUUUUUGGAUUUCCUUAUCCAGCACAUCUCUUGAAAUGAUAAAGUUGAAAGUGGUAAAUGUUUUUCUAAAGUUCUAAAUUUUAAAGAAAGGAUGAGACUGAGUUUUUUUGCUUUGGCCUUAUCACCGCUUGUCAACAGUAUUUCUGUUAUGCAGUGGUGGACAAUUCGCCUGACUAGUUUUGCUUUAUUCUGUACGUCUACUUACUUCAAACCCGCCCAAUUAGCUCAAUAGGGAAAGCGCAGAUCUACGGAUCACGGGGUCGUGAGUUCGAUCCCCUGACAGGUCGUAUGUUCUCCAUGACUGUUUGAUAAAAGGCAUUGUGUCUGAAUUCACUCGUCCUCCACCUCUGAUUCAUGUGGGGAAGUUGGCAGCUACAUGCGGAGAACAGGUAUAUACUGGUACAGGGUCCUGAAACACUGGUAAGGUUAACUGUCCGCCGUUACAAAACUGAAAUACUGUUAAAAAUGGCGAUAAACCCAAAACAAGCACACAAACCACUUACUUUAGCUAAUCAAGCCUCUUCUAAUUUACACAUAUGAAUCAGAAGUAGGGCACGAAUGAUUUUUGACUAAAAGCUAUUUAUCUUUCGACAAGGAAAAAAUACUUCCCGUCCAGGGAUCAAACUAACGACGAAGCAUUUCGUAUAUCUGCGCUCUCCUUAUUUAUCUAAGCAGGUGUUCAGAUUGCGAUUUAUUAAGUUAUUAUCUUACAUUUCAGUUUGACGAAAGUACAGUACGAGAAACGAAAUUAAAAUAUAAUAUGAGCUUAACAGCUGUUCUAACAUUUUAACAUGUUUAAUAUUACUAUACGUAUUGGCACUAAACCAUGCACAGUAUAAUUAUAUUAUCAGAUUAUGUAAAUGCACUAAUAACAUGAUUACCAGAAAGAACAUUCGGAUAGCAAACUUUAUUAUAUAUAUCAUUUAUCAGUUAUAACUGGUAAAUUAAAAUG